AUGACCAACUUCAAGACGGGAUAUGAGCGCAAGAGUUUCGGCAAGCAAGAAUGGAACGAGGUAGUGCUCGAGACAGCUGUACCAUACGAGGGCUUGAAAGAUAAUGUGAAACAGGACACGGUUCAGGAGCCCAGUAUUCCGUGGUUGUUAAUAAACUACUUUGUGGUCAUGGCAUAUGAGGAGUCGAGUGUACGCAUGGCGCGGGACCUCGGUAUCUUGAAAACUAACAAGGAUGCUAUCGAAUUUAAUAAGAUAUACAAGAUUCGGGAGCGGGCCCGCAUCCGGGAGCUAAUCAAGAAGGGGGACAUCUUGCGCGCCAUGGAGGAGAUCAACGAGAAGUUCGGCGUGGAAACGCUUGAGAACAUAGACACGGGUCUGGGUAGCAGCGGAAACAAGGCGCUGCAGGACGAGGACCUUCACUUCAAGUUGUUGCUACUAAGCCUAAUAGAAAUGAUACGGCACCACCACCAGGAUCCGCCAACCUCGGAGGAGGAGUCGAACCGCUUCAUUUUGAACUUAAUCGAGUACUCGCAAGAAAAGUUGGCCGUAAAGGCGAGUUCCAACAAAGAAUACAUGAAGGAGCUUGAGCUGGUUAUGACAUUGCUGCUCUUUCCGAUGGAAGCAGUGUGUGACGAUAACGGAAAUCGCAUCAAAGUCCCCAAGAAUUUGCGCAACCUAUACUCGUUGUCAUUGCGGUCUCGCAUUGCCAAUCUAGUGAAUCGCAAGCUUCUCCAGAGGAUUUACCCGCAGAUAGCAAUGGCCAGCAGCAAUGGCAAGUAUCCAGACCUCCUUGGCGGCAACAUUGCGGACAAAAAUUUCGACCACUUCAACAGCCAUCUCAAGUCGCGUGCCAAGGAGGACAUCUCCAGCAACUUUACGCGGGAGACGUUGGCAAGUAUGAAAGACACACCAGAGGGACCGUUGGGACGCAACGAGUGGAACACGUCCAACUGGGCGAACACGAGCCGCAUACUCCAGGACCACGUCAACAAGUCAGGCGAGGCUGAUUCGAACCAAAAGUUCCAUGUUGAAUACGAGGUGAAGCUCGUGCAGGUAAUGAAGCUUUGGGCCUGGUGUGAGAAUCAGCUACACAAUGCAGAUAUAGGCGUCCCACGGGUGCAGAGCACCACAUAG